AUGUCUCGACGCUACGUCGCGCCCGCCUUGAGAGGCAAGAAGACGACAGAAGAGACCACGAACGAGGCAUCCAUGGAAUCCAAUUAUGAAAAAGAGCAGGAGAAGACGCGACUACUCCACGACGAUGGCGAUGGCGAUGAACAUCUGCGCACCUCGCGUGAAAUAUUUCUGCACUACCAUCCCGAAGGGCUCGGUCCAAGACCAGGUUCGAGCACAUUGCACGAUACCGCAGAACAUCCUGGGACACUUGGGUACUUGUUGCUCUUUGCCAAUGCGAAUCCACGCUGGGACGAAGAUCAUCUUGGUAAAGACGAAGCUCGAUCUUCUGCCCGUCGAACUCGCCGAUGGUGA